AUAUCACGGAAAUUGUAGUUGGAAACGGUGUCGUAUUUAAACCCUGAAGUGAAGGGUGUAGAAAAGAAGAACAAAUCAGCCACACUUUGCUUCUUCUUCUACUUCCACAAACCCCUCACUCUCACUCUCACCUCACCGCUCAACACAAUCUGAAAGAAGAAAGUAAAAGAAACUACGGUAAUGGCAACACGGGUGGCUACGAGAUAUGCAUCCAGGAGGCUAUUUAGCAGUGGUUCUGGGAAAGUUCUUGGCGAGGAGGAAAAAGCUGUAGAAAAUGCUUACUUCAAGAAAGCUGAGCAAGAGAAGUUGGAGAAGCUUGCUCGCAAGGGUCCUCAACCAGAAGCAAAGCCAGCUGCAGGCUCAAGUGGUACAGUAACCGAUGCCAAACCAAGUAGCUCCGGACAUGCCGAAACAUCAAGUGCCAAAGUUUCAACUGACAAAUACCGGAAUUAUGGUGUUGUAGCUGGCACUAUAACAAUUCUUGCAGCUGUAGGGUGGUACCUUAAAGGCACUGCAAAGAAGCCAGAAGUGCAGGAUUGAAGAUUUCAGUUGUGGUGCUUGUUUUUGAUUUCGAUUUGGUUGCAACAGUUGCACAAAAAUAAAUAACUACACACCACUCUGCUUUUAUCCAUCAUACUGUUAGCAUGGAUUACUUCUUUGUUCUUUACAUUGUUUUCUAUAAUGUCUCUUAGCAUGAUGAGCAUCAACAGCGAAACUGUAACAUGUGAAUGAGAAGGAUAAUUUGUAAGGAAAACCACAUUCAGUGACAUUUCAACCGAGUUUAGGCGCCACUGUGCAAAUUCAAUUUCUAAA